AAUUAUUUAUUUUUCUAUUUUUUACUCCGGUAUUUUUCUUUAUUUGAAUGUACUUUUAAUUUUUUCUAAAUAAAAAUUUUUCAAAGUGGAGGCGAAGAGCCAUUCUCAAAGUGGUGGGGAAGAGCUUCAAAGCUCGAAUGGAUUUUCCCGGCGAUUGAGGAACACAGAGAUUCAAAACCCUAAAAGGCGUGAAUAUGGAUGCAUUGAUAGCAUCAUACGGCGACGUUUCUUCUGAUUCCGACUCGGACUCCGAUCGCACUCUUCCUCUGCCCUCCACUUCCUUGGCCGCCGAGACAUUCACGCCUCUCCCGCCGCCUCCCAUCUCUCUACUCGACUCGCCCACUUCACUGGGUUCGUUGGAUUACUUGAAAAGCUGUCAAGUCAAUCGAGUCAGAAGCUUUCCUCAUGUAGAUGGCAAUUACGCUCUUCAUGUUUACAUUCCAGUUCUUAUACCAUCUGCACCAAGGAAGGAAUUGGCCCAGUUUUUGGAGAGGGUUACGGCUCUUUUCCCUGAUCUUAAUGUUGUUGAUGUUGAUGUACCAUUGAGUAAUUUGGUGAGAGACAAGGGUAAGCUUGAGCAAGUUGCCUUAGGUAGGGAGUUUCAUAUAAGUUUGGGAAGGACUGUUCCCAUUCGAGUUCACCAGAUCAAUUCAGUCGUCUCCAUGCUUCGCCAGAGGCUGCAGUUUCAGAAGAGGUAUUGGAUAAAUUUUAACAAAUGGGAGGUCUUUGUGAAUGAUGAUCAAUCUCGCACGUUUCUCUCAUUGGAAGUCAUCACAGGAGGCCUAUUUGAGAUAACAAAACAGAUUCAAGCUGCUAAUGAGGUUUAUAGGCUUCACAAUCUUCCAGAAUUCUACAAGGAUCCGCGCCCACAUAUAUCCAUAGCUUGGUCAUUGGGUAACAUCAGCGACACACUUAAAAGAGUGGUAGACAAAGAGAUGAAAAGGUAUGUUAUUGGGAGCUCACCACAGAUGCCCAUUUUCACAAGCCGAUUUAGUGGCAUUUUGUGUAAGAUUGGAAAUAAAAGUCAUGAGAUCUGCAAAUUUCAAGGAGAAUAACUGUGCUACAGUUACGAAGAACAUCGGAUAUUCUGAUUUAAUUAAUUUCUAUUUUAAGAUAGAUUGUGUACAAUUGGAUCCAACUAUAAAAUUCUCCCGCUGAAGGAAUUCCUUUGGUCUCUUUAUUGUAUCUAGCUUCUAAGCUUAGUUUGACGUGCAAAAUCUAUAUACUCCCUUCCUAUUUAAAAGAAAAAAAAGCUUUGUUUUUC